AUUCUAUGUUCUGUGUUUAUCAAAUUUAACCUCUUUAAAUUAACAUAAACUAAUUACCACUUUUAUAUGCUUAUCUUUGGCGCAAUCUAAGAAACUAUCUUUGGUUGAUCUUUAUUAGAUUUACCUAUUCGUCACUACUUGAUACACUCUAAUUUCAUUAGAAACUUAAAAUGUCCAAGGAAUAUGGAUUGAUUAAACCUGCUAAAAACACUAUGGUUGUUCAAGCACCAGGUAAAAGAGCUGCUAUUUUUGAUGAAGACUCAGAUUCUGAUGAGCCUUAUGCAUCAAAGCCAUUAUUUCGAAAACCACUCGUUAAAAAACAGGUUAAGCUUGCUCAAGAGAAAGCAAUAGAAGAAGAUCCCACAGUUUUUCAAUACGAUGAGAUAUAUGAUGAUAUGGAGAAACAAAGAAACGAAACAAAACUAUUGAAAAAAGGUGUUGAUAAGAAGCCAAAAUACAUUAAUAAUUUAUUAAAAGCAGCUGAGAGAAGAAAGAGGGAAAACGAGAGAAGAAUUGACCGGCAAGUUCAGAAAGAGAGAGAAGCUGAAGGAGAUGAAUUCAAGGAUAAAGAAUCUUUUGUGACUUCAUCCUAUCAAAAAAAAUUGGAAGAAAUGAAAUUACUUGAGGAACAAGAACAAAGAGAAGAAUAUUUAGAGUCCAUUGGAGAUGUUAAAAAACAAGGAAAUUUGGAUGGUUUCUACCGACACUUUUAUGAACAAAAAGUGAAUUACGAAGUUAAAAAGGAGAAUGAUGAGAAUCAAAUUGAAAAUGAGAAAGAUAAAACUCCCGAAAAUGCAGAAUCUACUAGUGAUAAAACUGUCAAGAAAAAUGUUAACAGGCAUUAUAGAAAACGAAACGAAUCAAAUAGUGAGGAUGAUGAUCAGGAUGUGAAAAAAGAACAUUUAACAUCAAACUUGGAUGCAGAUUCUGAUUUUAGCAUUGAUUCAUCAGACAGUGAUGAAGAAGAUGUUACAAAGACAAAGGUACUGGAAAACCCCAAAGAUGAAAACACUGAAAUUCCAAAAGAUGCUGACACUAGUAAAAAAGAGGAGAAAACUAAUGAACCUAUUGAUGUUGAAGUCGUGAAAGAAAAAAAUGAGGAGACGGUUAAGAAAAAGCCAAAAAUUAAUGUUUAUAAAAAGAGGACUGUAGAUCAAGUUUUUGAAGAUGCAAGGCAAAGAUAUCUCGAGAGAUGUUCAUUGAGAAAUGUAGCUUAAAUGGGAUCAAUCAGUGAUUAAUGCUGGUUUCCCUCUGUAAAAAAAUCUGAAAUUUUUAAUGUUGUUUUAAGAAUGAUUGAAUGUAUAUUUUUGAAUGCUUGUACUGAGUACUGAUGUUGCCAAGGUAAAAAAGUAUAUAAUUAUUAUUGUGUAAAAA